AUGGCGAUCGUCGACUUGGCCAACGCCCAGCUGCAGCAAGCAGCAGCAGCAGCCAAGAAAGACGACGGCGGCCAUGAGGUGGAAGAGGCCGCCGGGGACACGAACACGACGGGCAUGAGCUGCAAGCGGAGCGAGCAGCUGGAGUCGUCCUCCGACUACGGCGCCUGCCUGAUGAAAGGCGUGAGGCACCUCUCGGACAGCGGCAUUACCAGGCUGCCCGACAGGUACGUCCUGCCCGCGUCCGACCGCCCGGGCGCCAACGUCCUUGCCGCCUCGUCGACCGCUGCUGAGGGAGCUGCUGGCGUUGGCGGCGGCGGCGGCGGCGGCAGCAGGGUCAAGCUCCCUGUCGUCGACCUCGCCGGCCUCCGCGACCCCUCCCAGCGCGCCGCCGUACUGGCCACGCUCGACGCCGCGUGCAGCGAGUACGGCUUCUUCCAGGUGGUGAACCACGGGUUCGGGAGCGACGUGAGCGGCGGGAUGCUGGACAUGGCGCGGCGCUUCUUCGAGCUGCCGCUGGCGGAGCGGGCGCGGCACAUGUCGGCGGACGUGCGGGCGCCGGUGCGCUACGGCACCAGCUUCAACCAGGCCAAGGACGCCGUCCUCUACUGGCGCGACUUCCUCAAGCUCGUCUGCCAGCCGCUGCGGGAGGUGGCUCCCUACUGGCCGCAGCAGCCGGCGGACCUCAGGGACGUGGCCACCAGGUACGCCACGGCGAGCCACGCGCUGUUCAUGGAGAUCAUGGCGGCGGCGCUGGAGGCCCUGGGCAUCCCCCAGCAGACCGCCACCGGCGGCGGAGGCGUGCUCGGGGAGCUGGCGGCGGCGUCGUCGCACAUGACGACGGUGAACUGCUACCCGGCGUGCCCGCAGCCGGACCUCACGCUGGGGAUGCCGCCGCACUCGGACUACGGCCUCUUCACGUUCGUCCUGCAGGACCACGUGGAGGGGCUCCAGGUCAUGCACGACGGCCGCUGGCUCACCGUCGACCCCGUCCCGGGAUCGUUCGUCGUCAACGUCGGCGACCACCUAGAGAUCUACAGCAACGGGCGUUACAAGAGCGUGCUGCACCGGGUGCGCGUGAACUCGACGCGGCCGCGCAUCUCGGUGGCGUCGUUCCACAGCCUGCCGGCGGAGCGGGUGAUCGGACCGGCGCCGGAGCUGGUGGACGAACAGGCCGGCAACCCGCGGCGGUACAUGGACACCGACUUCGCCACCUUCCUCGCCUACCUCGCGUCCGCCGACGGCAAGAACAAGACCUUCCUCCAGUCAAGGAAGCUGCGGACUCCUGCUGCUGCUGCAUGCCUCUAG